GGGGCGAUAUUCCUGGCCAUGUUAAGCGCUUUGAGCAGGAAAACAAAUACAAAAACAUUCCCUACUCCAAAUUUGGUUCCUGGUGCUUGGCAUCUCCUCUAUGAUAAGCCUUCUCAUACUUUCACUAUAAAAAGGUCAGAUGGAGAAGAUCAACAUAUUGAGUUGUCGAAAUGCAAGUUUGGGUUUACAAUCGGAGAUGGGGAUGAAUUAGAGAAACUUCUUCAAGAGGCACAGGUGAAAAUGGCAAUGGCAGACAUUAAGGUGGCAGAGGGAAGAUUGGAAGAAGAGGAAUUGAAAAGUGUGGAUCGUGAACAAAGGCACAAGAGCUUGGAAAGAAAGUGUAAGCAUGAAGAGGUAGAAGAUUUGAAUUGGAAGAUAAUGUUUUGGAAUGAGCAAAGACACAUGGAUAAAGUCAACAAAUUUAGACAGGAUCUUUAUGCACUGAUAGGUGAUUGA